AUGUCAUCUCCUUCGAGUGUGGAGACCAAAUUUUCAACAAUAGCCUCCAACAUUCUCACCAACAACAACAUGAAUGUCAACAUCACCACCACCUCAUAUGCCAAUCUCACUCUCAAAGAUGUUCAACCACUCUGGGUCAGUUAUUCCACACUCACCAACAGUUCCUUCUUUUUUAUUUGUUAUCUGAUAUAUUUUCUAGUGGUUGCUCUUUUUCUUCAACGAGUUUCUUCGAAAAAUCAAUUAAAGAGAAAUCACAAAAUUUUACUCACAUUGACGGUGAUAUUUGUGGGUAUUCAGACAUUCAUACAAUUGUUGAGAAUUGCCAAUGAUUCGUUACAAGUGAGGGGACGACAAUUAUUGGAGAGUCAACAAUUGGUGGGUUUGCAAUUUUUUGUGGCGAUGAAUGUGAUGGGAGGAGUGACAACGUUUUUUACCUUUUCGAAUUUUAUUUCGUUUUUUAUUAUUUUGUUUGUGGUUCAGAAUAUUUUUUGGGAAACUGCAAAAUUAGUGCGCUCCAUUUCUGAAAAGUCCUUCAAAAUCAUUCGUGUGACCAUAUGUGUGGUGAAUGUCAUUUUCAUUGUCUUGACCUUGUCAUUGGUCAUUCUGACUGGAGUGUGUUACUCACUUUUAGGUUUAGGAAUGAUUGCAAAGAAUGUAGCGACCAGUGUUUUCGUUUGUGUAUUCGUCAUUGUCGUGUGCAUGAUUGUUUUUGAUUCCAUCAUGGUUUUGACAUCUGGUAUUCUCGUCAUCAAAACCAUCAAAACGACUGCCGCCAACACCGUCAAAGCCAUGACUCUUCGACCUCUAGAAAAACAAACCUCUCGUUCUUCCUUUGAUUUACAAACCUUCGAACGACGUGUCCAAAGUCCUUUCAAAAUCACCUUCGGUCUUCUCAUUGCCAUGUUAGUUUGCAUGUCCAUGGAAAUCAUUGCCGGAGGAAUUGCAAGUGCCGUUGCUGAAAUUGAAACACUCCGAUUGGUGUGGUACAUUUUCAAUUGUGGAGGAAUUUUAAUUUUUGCAAUCAUAAUUCUCUUCUUGUUCUUUCCAUUGUUUUUUGGAAAUGAACAUGCAUUUGCAGAGAUUGAGAAACGAUCGAACAUUCAUUCGAACCAUUUGCAAAAACCAGUUCAUGUGAAUGAAUCCGUUGGUUCAGAAAAUGCAAUAACGAAUCAUAGUAAGGGUGAGAAGAGUAAUAGUCUUCGUAGUAUCAAUAGUGUGAAUAAGAUCAAUAAUAGUAAUGAAGAAGAUGAAGAAGAAGAAUCAGCAACAACGACCGUGUCAAAAUCCAAUUCCUUGCAAGUUCCAAGUUCACUCUCCCAGAACAAGAGCCUCAAUCAUUCGACGACGAUUUCGACUUGUUCAAAUUGCAGCACACCAAUGAGUCUUCAGAGUGGUAAUAUUGGUGCUGCUUUGUGUGAAAAACCCUUAUUAGAGAAACAUGUUCUUCUUUCCACCAUUAAUGGUACAACGACCAAUGAUCCAACACAACAACAACCACUCACUACCACAAUGAACAGUUCUUCUUCUCCAUGUAUUUCUCCUUCGGAGGCCAUGUCUUCAUCCUUGUCGACAAAUGGAGUGGAGAAUGUCCAAAAGGAUCAUGAAGGUGGUUCUUUUUGUGUGUUGAUUCGAGAGGAGAAAGAAGAGACUUCUAUUAAGGAAAAUGAACAAGUGGACUAG